AUGUUGACCCGCAUCCUGCCGUGCUUCUGCGUCUGCCUUGUCGUAUUCUGCUCCAAUUAUGCUUUAGCCGACCCGCACACCGGUAACCCUUCCGGGCAGACGAGAAGCAAGGAGGACAAGAGAUGGGAACAUCGUGUCGUACACCUCGACGAGAGCAAGCACGAAGAAGAGUUCUGGACAUUCGUCACGCGGCCUGACCUGGACGCUCCGCGCUGGGAGGUCGCCGUCUACGAUCAGGAGGCCGUCGCCCCGGGAUACUGGUUUGUGGCGCCUUACGAGGAGGUCGACCAGAAGGAUGGGAGUGAGGCGUGGAAUGCGCCGCACAUCUACGAUCAGGAUGGGCAGCUGAUCUGGAGUGGCGCACCCAUGUUCGAUGGGUUCAGCAGCUUUGACUUCCGCGUCAGUGAGGUUCGGGGCAAGCCGAUGCUCACGCUGUUGAGGCCGCAUUACAGCUAUGCUGCUGUUUUGGAUGAGACGUAUACAAAUAUUGCGAACGUGUCGAUUGGGCUGAAGGAUCCGGAGUUGGAUGAGGUGGGCCAUAAUAUGCAUGAGUUUCUGACGGUGGAGAAUGGGACGAGAGCUUUAUACCUCACCCGUGUCCCUAAGCAUGCCUCGAAGGAGUACUCCGCCGCGAUUGGGUAUGAUGGAGAAUGUCACGCUCAGUACGACGGCUUUGUGGAACUUGAUACAGAAACAUGGGAGCAGACUUUCAGCUGGAACUCGUACGGCAAGAUUGGCCUAGACGAGAGCUUCGUCACAAAAGUCCCCGUGGACAACCGAUGUAGUGGCGGGGAAUGGGACUUUUUGCAUCUCAACUCUAUCGACAAGUUCCCGGACGGGGAUUAUCUUGUUUCGGGCAGGCGGACAAACGCAGUAUACAAGAUUUCGGCUCAAGAUGGCUCCAUCAUCUGGCGCUUGGGAGGCAGGAAGUCGGAUUUUGAAAUGCCAUUCGUUUUCUCCGGCCAGCAUGCUGCGAAGAUACAAGGUUACAACGACACCCACACUCUGAUCUCCUUCCUCGACAAUGCUUUCGGGCCCGGCACUCCGCAAACCACUAACGACGCAUCUCGUGGCUUGUUGCUUGCUCUUGAUACGAAGGCGAUGACUGUGGAGGUCCUUCAAGAAUUCAAACACCCCGAUCACAAGUACGCGGAAGGCCAGGGCAAUCUCCAAUUCAUCCCCGGAACCGAUCACGCAUGGAUAUGCUGGAGGGACCGCGCAAUGCACACUGAACACGCCGGCGAUGGGUCUAUGAUCAUGGAAGCCCGUUUCAAGGCCGGAGUACGCAACUACCGCAGUUUCAAGCUCCCAUGGGUAGGUCGGCCUGCUCAACCACCUGAUGUGCGCUCUACGGCGGUCCAAACAAUCGAUAACAAAAUCACCACCAUCGUCUCCAUGAGCUGGAACGGCGCCACCGAAGUCCACAGCUGGAAGAUCUUUGCCGCGAACCCGAGCGGUACAGACCUACACCUGCUGAAGAAAGUGCCGAGGGACGGCUUCGAAACCACAGCCUUCAUCGACGGCUACGUCGGCUACAUUGUCGUCAAGGCCAUGGACGCAUCUAUGUCAAAGAUCGGCGAAGCGGCCGUGUUCGCCACGGUCCCGACGCUCCAGCAACUGCACGAAGCACAGCCCGCAUCCUCCUGGAUCGGCGCCCUGCUCGCCCAUCCCAUCGUCGCUUUCAUCGUCGGGGCCAUCGUCAGCGCCUCCGCGUGCAUCGGAGCGUACGUGGCACUGGCGCAUAAGAAGCGGACGGGCUUGGCGCUGCCGCGGAAUUGGAAGCGCAGGAAUACGGCGUUUGAGAGUUUGUCGGAGGAGGAUAAGGAUUCGAGUGAGUUGGAUAGUUUUAAGAAGAGGUCGGAGUUUUCGCCGGAGCGGUCGGCGCUGUUGAAUGGGGAGGGUGGAGAUCGUGGGAGAGGGGAGGAGGAUUGA